GAAUUUCCUGAUUUCCUGCGUGGCGCAAGUGUUAAGCAAAUUGUAAUGUAAUGAGAUACGACGUCCAGGAGCUGCUACUUCAUCAGUCUGCUGAGGAUCCAUUCGCCAGGUUCGCAAAUGGGAUGGCAUAUCAUCCAUUUCUGCAACUCUCGCAAAGACCCACUGACUUCAGCGUCUCGUCGCUGUUGACGGCGGGUAGCAACAACAGCAACAGCAACACCAACAACACCAACAACAACAACAGCAACAAUAACAACAACGUUAGCGGCAGCGGCAGCAUUGCAACAACAGCAGCGAGCGUUGCACAAGCCGCAGCAGCGACAAGCAACAACAAUAAUCAUAGCCAGCUAAAUAACAACAACAACAACAACAACAGCAGCAGGAGCAACAACAACAAUAGCAAGUCACAUCUAACCCAGCAAGCACCACCUGGAGGUGGUGCCGGUGGUGCACCGCCACCACCACCCUCUGCUGGUCUGCCCCCACCGCCGCCGCAUUUGCCACCACAGCAACCACCGCCGUAUUUUCCCGCCGCUGCGCUCGCCGCUCUGGCCGGUAGUCCAGCGGGCCCGCAUCCCGGUCUCUAUCCCGGCGGCCUCCGAUUUCCCCCACAUCCGGCCCAUCCGCACGCCCACCAUCCGUUGGGCACGCCCUACACCACCGCCGAGGACGUGGUGCUCGCAUCGGCUGUGGCACACCAAUUGCAUCCGGCAAUGCGACCGUUACGCGCGCUCCAACCCGAAGACGAUGGAGUCGUCGAUGAUCCGAAGGUGACGCUCGAGGGAAAGGAUUUGUGGGAGAAGUUCCACAAGCUCGGCACCGAAAUGGUCAUCACCAAAAGUGGCAGACAAAUGUUUCCGCAAAUGAAAUUUCGUGUAUCGGGUCUGGACGCCAAGGCUAAAUACAUAUUGCUACUGGACAUUGUGGCGGCGGAUGAUUAUCGUUAUAAAUUUCAUAAUAGUCGUUGGAUGGUCGCUGGCAAAGCGGAUCCCGAAAUGCCAAAACGCAUGUACAUACAUCCAGAUUCGCCCACAACGGGUGAGCAAUGGAUGCAAAAAGUUGUUUCAUUUCACAAAUUAAAAUUGACCAACAAUAUUAGUGAUAAACAUGGAUUUGUAAGUACUACCAUACUGAACUCAAUGCAUAAAUAUCAGCCGCGCUUUCAUUUGGUGCGCGCCAACGAUAUCUUGAAGCUACCAUAUUCAACGUUUCGCACGUACGUGUUCAAGGAGACGGAGUUCAUAGCCGUAACUGCAUAUCAAAAUGAGAAGAUUACUCAAUUAAAAAUUGAUAAUAAUCCUUUUGCAAAGGGAUUUCGUGAUACUGGUGCUGGCAAACGGGAAAAGAAGCAGGCGCUGAUGUCGAACCGAGGGUCCGAUUCGGACAAAUUGAAUCCUACGCAUGUGAGCAGCUCACGAGCGCCCCUGCAUUUGGGCCAUGCUGGACGACCACCGCAUCUGCAUCCGCAUGCGGCGGCACUGUUGGACAAUCAGCAGGACGACGAGGAUAAGCUGCUGGAUGUGGUUGGUCCGCCACAAAGUCCCUUAUUGCCUUUGAGUCACUCGCUGCAGCAAAUGCAUGCGCACCAGCAUUCGGCACUUGCCGCCUGGUUCAAUCAUCUGGCUGGCGCUGGGGAGCAUGCAGCGGCCGCUAAUGCGGAGGAUGCGUUACGGCGUCGCCUGCAGGCAGAUGAUGUGGAGCGGGACGGCAGCGAUUCGAGUUGCUCGGAAAGCGUCGGUGGCAGCACUGGCGGUGCCUUUCGUCCCACCUCAACGGGCAGUCCCAAGGAGGGUGUCGGUGCAGGCGCUGCGGCUGCCGCCGGUCUGAAUGCCUCGGGCAGCUACCCCUCGCCAAACAUCUCUGUGGGACCACCGAUACACCCGUCGCCGCAUCUGUUGCCUUACCUCUAUCCGCACGGACUCUAUCCGCCACCGCAUUUGGGGCUGUUGCACAAUCCGGCCGCCGCAGCUGCCAUGAAUCCUGCCGGCCUCAAUCCGGGCCUGCUGUUCAAUGCACAGCUGGCGUUGGCCGCCCAACAUCCGGCGUUAUUUGGACAUGCCUAUGCCGCCGCUGGUCACACGCCCGUGUCUCCACUGCAGGGUCUAAAAAGUCAUCGCUUCUCGCCGUAUAGCUUACCCGGCAGCCUGGGCUCUGCCUUCGAUGCCGUAACGCCUGGCUCGAAUGCGAAUCGGAAUAGUGGUAAUGGCAGUGCCGACGGUCCACCACCCGGACUGCUUAGCGGCCAAGCUAGUGGCGGUGGUGGCGGCCUACUGGAGAACGGACCGCGCAGCCUGAGCUCCAGUCCGCGUCCACGUGCCACCUCGCACUCACCACCGACCAGACCCAUAUCAAUGUCGCCCACAACGCCACCGUCACUGCUGAAGCGUCAGCCGCAGCACUCGCCAUCGGAGCUAAAGAGCAUGGAGAAAAUGGUGAAUGGGUUGGAGGUGCAGCACAAUGGGAGCGCCGCUCUCCUCACGGAGGAGCAACUGCAUCAUGCGGCGGCGCAUCAUCCGCACGCCCAUCCGCACGCAUUGGCUGCGGCCGCAGCGGCAGCGGCCGCGGCCGGACAACAACAACAGCAUCACCAUGCAACAGCCGCAACGGAUCAGUGA